UCGGAAGUUAUUGGGAUUUUUUUCUCGCGUCUCCGAGAUGGACGUCGCAGAGAGGCGGGAGUCGUUGUUGUCGUUAUCGUAACGAUUGGGAAUGGUGAGACACUUUGGAUUCCAGACUGAUGGCGUCGGGUACAGCUAGCCGCUCCGAAGACGAAGAGUCUCUAGCAGGACAAAAAAGGAGCUCAUCGCAAGUAUCGGGUGCCAUUCCAAAACGACGGAGCUCAUCCAGAUUCAUCAAGCGGAAGAAAUUUGAUGAUGAGUUGGUAGAAAGCAGCCUUGCCAAAUCAUCCAGCCGGGCCAAAGGCCCCAGCGGGGUGGAGCCUGGACGCUGCUCUGGCAGUGAGCCAUCUUCUAGUGAAAAGAGGAAGGUGUCCAAGUCCAUCUCAACUCCUGUCACUCCAAACCCUGCUCCAAAUCCCAGCCUCAGCAAACGGAUGAAGAAGAGCAAGCAGCCCUUGCAGGUCACCAAGGAUUUGGGCCGCUGGAAACCCACCGAUGAUCUGUUGCUGAUCAAUGCUGUGCUUCAGACCAAUGAUCUGACCUCUGUGCACCUGGGAGUGAAGUUCAGCUGUCGCUUUAAUCUGCGAGAAAUCCAGGAGCGGUGGUAUGCUCUACUCUACGAUCCUGUGAUUUCCAAACUGUCUUGCCAAGCAAUGAGGCAACUGCAUCCUGAAGCCAUUGCAUCCAUGCAGAGCAAAGUGCUUUUUAGCAAAGCAGAGGAACAGCUGCUAAGCAAAGUGGGAUCGACCAGUCAGCCAAGUUUGGAUACAUUCCAGGAUUUGCUGCACAAACAUCCAGAGAUUUUCUAUCCUUCCCGCACUGCUAAAGUCUUGCAGACACAUUGGCAACUCAUGAAGCAGUACUACCUCCUGGACGAUCAAACAGUGCAGCCACUGCCCAAAGGAGACCAAGUGCUCAAUUUCUCAGAUGCUGAAGACAUGAUAGAUGACAGCAAGCUGAAAGAUGUACGAGAUGAAGUGUUGGAACAUGAACUGACUGUGGCAGACCGGAGGCAGAAGCGUGAGAUUCGGCAGCUAGAGCAAGAGCUGCACAAAUGGCAAGUGCUGGUGGAUAGUAUAACAGGAAUGAGCUCCCCUGAUUUUGAUAACCAGACCUUGGCGGUGCUGCGUGGACGGAUGGUGCGCUACCUCAUGCGCUCCCGGGAGAUCACGCUUGGCAGAGCCACUAAAGACAAUCAGAUUGAUGUAGAUCUGGCACUGGAAGGCCCUGCUUGGAAAAUCUCCCGCAAACAAGGUGUCAUCAAGCUGAAGAACAAUGGGGACUUUUUCUUGGCCAAUGAAGGCCGACGGCCCAUUUAUGUUGAUGGACGGCCAGUGCUCUGUGGCAGCAAGUGGAAACUCAGCAAUAACUCUGUGGUUGAGGUGAGCAGUUUGAGUUAGAUAUUGUCUUC